CCCUCCCCUUGCAAACCCACUGCCACAGACACUUUGAAGGCAGGCUUGAGCAGGCUCCCCUGCCGCUGGCAGCUCCACGCUGUGCCACUCACUGCAAAGUUUUGUUUUGAAACUUCAGGCAACUUUUUCUUUCACAGCCGAACCCUGGAGUUUCUCCGUUCUCCGUCCGCCUUCCUGCAGCUGGGCGUUUUUCAUCUGUGCCAGAUGUGGCGAGAGUUCGCUUCCAGCCGGCCCGUUCUCUUUAAAAGCGUCAACUGAGUGAGGUCGCCUGUAUGUGGAACUAGAGGUGGGGUGGGGGCUACAUUGGUGGAGAGAGGAUUGUGUGUGUGGGUGCGUGGAGAAUGAAGGGCAGACAUCCCAGGCAUCGCCGACCUACUACAUAACAUGUCAGACACUAGCUCGCUGGGUUUAAGCGGCUGGCUUCUAUGAAGCAUGCAGUCUCUGGGACUAGUGCUGGUGUUGGCACAUCUCCUUGCGGCAGAUUUCUGUGUGGCCUUGAGUGUGGUUGUCACGCCGAGGCCGGUGGUGGAGUUCUCCGAGGGUCAGCGAGGGAGUCUAUUCUGUCGUGUCUCUCAACAAAAAUGGAGAAACAGUUACCUGUCCCUGGUGUGGCUGCUGUCAAACCCCCAGCACACCAGUCAACGGAUCCUGAGACUGAAUCGGACAGGACACGUGCAAACCUUUCGCAACUGCAGGGAGGGCCACUGUGAGCUUCAGUUCUUCCAGCAAGGAGCGGCCAAGGUUUAUGUAUUGAUCAUCAACGAGUUUCGCGAUACUGACGAAGGGCAUUACAGAUGUAAGGUCCAGGAAAUCGCAAACCUAAAUAGGAAGUGGCUGUCGAUAUCGAACGGAGACAAUGCCACAGAGGUGAAAGUACGCCUGCCACAGACCACGACAAUGUUGGCCCCUCCGAGCACCACCCAAACCUGGACAGUCUUUGAAGAUUCUAUUCAGGAAACUUCCACUCUGCCGAUUGCCAGAAAACCGAAAGAAGAAUGGAAAAUAUUUGAAGUUUCAGAUCUGUAUCUUUACGUGACAAUGGUCUGCUCCGUCGGAAUCCUCUCCGUGACCCUCUUUGCUGCCGUUCUCUUCUGUCAGAUUCUCUGGAACAGGAAGAAGAGGAGAGCAAGAAAAUACUUGACAAAAGGGCCCAGCAGCAGUUCGGGAGCGAUGAUGCCGGUUGCUGGAAGCUCCUCCAUUUUCCAAAACAAAUCCAGGAUGAAAAAGUUUGCAGCCUGUGAUGCACCUCCGCCAGUGCCAAUGAAAAUACCAACUAGAGAGGCGUCAGCCAAGAGAAAGUUCUUGAAGAAGCACGAUACCAAAUCCAUUCUGCCACGGAUAGUGGAGGACAGCCUGACCUACGCUGAGCUUGAACUGAUGCCCACACAACCCAGCGCCCCACCUGUGCCCAGCUCCCCCGACCCCCAGAGACCCAACACCGUCUACGCCAAGAUCUUCUUUGCAAAAACCCAAAGUUAAUAAACUCCUUGUGGCACAGU